AUGGCGACUUUGGGUCCUGGCGCCGUGGUUUCGCUGGGUUGGGACUGGACGGAAGAGAUCUGGGCGAAAAUAUCAAAGGGUUUGAUUGAUCUGCAAGGAUUCCAUAAUUCCCCUUAUGCCUUCCUGGUCUCGAAGAUGUUCGGCCUCAUUCUUGUCAACGCUCUCGGCACUCUUCAUAUAACCCUGACUUUGGGUGACUGCGGCACAAUUGAGACUGAGUUCGGUUCACGCGACCAGAGCGACCCGCUUCCCAGUUCUUAUUUUGUUAUCCGAUAUCAUUCCCCGCAUCCUGACGAGAAUGUGGUGUCGCGCAUCGUCAAUGACGAUCUCAUAACCGGGUAA